UCUGCUGUGUAUUUCCAGCAGCAUGGCAGUGUAUGUGACAUGGCACAACAUGUCACCCACUGCAACAUGGAUCAAAGAUGUGGGUCAAUCCAUUAAAUACUGUACUCCAGUUAACUGUGGCACCCCGAGUCAUAUGACUUAUGUGAACAGCCCUCGCCACUACUUCUAAAACGGCAGCGAAAUUGAAAAAGAAGAAAGCUGAAGUGAAACUGCAGCCUGUUUUCUGCGUGGUUUGUUUUAAACGUCCUUGGACUCGAUGCCCAGUCCACAAAUAACACUUCAUUUUCUGGCAGAGUGAGUGUGCAGGAUAUCCUCCUGUUUUUCUUAUUUUAAUGCACCCUUUCUAAAAAAAAAAAAAAAAAAAUCUGUGAUGUCACACUGUGAGUCUUCCUGCCAAUCUCAUCAGAAGAACAGCAAGAAUAACCUCUGUGAAGGAUGUGAGGGUCCAGAGGAUGAAGGCAAGAGGCUGAAGAGGAGGGAGAAGAACAGAGUUGCCGCCCAAAAGAGCCGGAAGAGACAAAUACAGAGAGCUGACAUUCUGCAUGAGGCCUGUGAGCUACUGGAGCAGAAGAACAGGAAGCUGAGGAGAGAGGUGGAUUCUCUGUCUGAAGAGCAGCGCCUGCUGACUGAGACUCUCAGGACCCAUGAGCCCUUCUGUCCCAUCAUGCACUGCUCCUUUGCCUCCUCCACCACAUCCAGCUUGCAGCCUGAGCCAAGGAAUAAUGUUUCAGUGCAACUUGUCUGAAGCCAGCUAUUGUGUAAUGCACCAGUAUACCACCAGGGGGCGUUGUUAAACUUGAUCAGAGCUAAAGUGGGGACUCAACAGGUGUGGGGUGUUCACAGUGAGGAGCGCCCUCUGGUGGUUAAAAGUUUUUAAUGCAGCAGCUCAUGUCCAUAAUGUAAAUACAGUUACAGGUUUAUAAAAGAGUAAAAUGAUUUACAGUGUAUUCAGUUAGACUCAGUUAUAUGUACAUUUCCAAAAGAAAAACAGCAGUGUUAUGCUAGUUGUGCUCAAGAGUUUUGACCAACCAUUUUCAUUUCCACUGAUAGGAAGUGGUACAUAUAGUCCUACUGCUUCCUGACAGUGAAUCCUGAAUAAAGGGGCUACAAACUGUGAAUAAGUUCUAUAUUAAUAUAAUAAUUUAUAGAGUUAUGCUUUAUAGAUCAACAAUGAGCCUUUAAGAAUUGGUUUAAAGUAAGCGUAAAGUCCCUUAACUGUAUCUGUUUGAUCCAAUACUUCAUUUAAUCCACAUUAAAGGUCUUUGGUUCUCUCUGGGAGAAAAUAUAUUUAAACCCCCAAACUUGUUUUUAGAAAAUUGAAAUAUUCCAGAUGCCUUUUGUCUCAUUGUAUACACAUUUCCAUGAAAUUUUAUCUGACGUAAAGAAGUGGCAUCUAUAUGACAACUGUGAACGUUCUUGAAUGUAAAAUAAAAGCUUGUGGAUGUGGAUUCUGCUUGCCGCAAAACAUACGUUUGUAAGAUGGAGCUGUUGUCACUUUA